CCUGCUUUAGAUUUUGACAGCAGGGUCCGUUUUUUUUACCUCUUUGCUUUUCUUUAUUCCACCCUGCCUCGCUCUUUCUUUCCCCUAUUUAAAAAAAAAAACACGCCUUAGCCUGCCGUGUGAAUGUGUGUAUUUAUUUAUUUAUGCAUCCCGUUUGAAAGUGUUUAGGUUUUUUUAUUUUUUAUUUUUUUACACAAUUUAGUCGUCCCUCAAAUGAGAAGACGUAAAAGAUGGAGCUUCAUAUUUUAGAGCACAGCUUGAAAGUGGCGAGUAUAGAGAAAGAGGGGAUCCAGAUUUGCACGCACGGAUUAAUAAAACUCGCUUUCCUGGCCUCCAAAACAAGAUGCAAGUUUUUCAGCCUGACGGAGACUCCCGAGGACUACACCAUAAUCGUCGACGAGGAAGGCUUUAAAGAGUUGCCCCAGUCGGAACACAUCAGUGUUGCUGAUGCCACGUGGUUGGCCCUCAACGUGGUGUCGGGGGGCGGCAACGCCUCCAACUCACAGCCCAUCGGCGUCACCAAAAUCGCCAAAUCAGUCAUCGCACCGCUGGCCGACCACAACAUCUCUGUUUUCAUGCUGUCCACGUAUCAGACCGACUUCAUAUUGGUCCGGGAGCGAGAUCUGCCCAUGGUCAUGCACACGCUGUCUUCUGAAUUCACUUUGCUGCGGGUCGUCAACGGGGAGACGGUGGCUGUUCACGACCUGGGAGUCACCAACGGCUUCGUAAAACCUAAACUAGUGCCCCGUCCCAUCAUUCACCCUCUAUCGAGUCCCAGCAAUAUGUUCUGUGUGACCAGCCUGGACCCGGACACGCUGCCCUCUGUCGCCACCCUGCUCAUGGACGUCAUGUUUUACUCUGGAGGUCCAAAAGAGCCCGGAGCCUCCAGCGAGGACUCCAACCACAUCCGCUUCUUCUCCUUCUCCCUGAUCGAGGGCUACAUCUCGCUGGUCAUGGACGAGCAGACAACUCAAAGGUUUCCAAACAACGUCCUCUUCACUAGCGCUUCUGGAGAGCUUUGGAAAAUGGUUCGCAUCGGAGGACAACCUUUAGGAUUUGAUGAGUGCGGCAUCGUGGCUCAGAUAUCAGAACCCCUGGCUACAGCUGACAUUCCUGCUUACUACAUUAGUACCUUCAAGUUCGACCACGCACUGGUUCCUGAAGAAAACAUCCAAAGCGUGAUCGGAGCUCUGCGGACCAAGAGCACAGCACAGUGAACGACUUGCCGGAGGAGAAACCGCUGUGUUUGUGUUUUUUGUCUCUCCAGUCAUUUGGUUCAAACGUUUAUCAUGUCCAAAAAGUGCCAAGAGCUUCUUAGCGGACUCCUGUGGAUCGGCUCUGAAGGAAGGGGAUCGAACCACAAAGCGUGGGUGGGAGAGGGGGGGGGGUGACAGCGUGUUAGGGAUUCAUUUUCUUUACCUCCUCGGCACUCGAGCCCCUCCACUGCCCGCUCUGGUAGUUGUUGCUUUUAGUUUACCGGACUGAAUCCGUUUUUCUUUUUCCUCUCUGAAGCUGCUUCUUCUUCCCACUCCCUGACCCUCAUGAGCACCAUACUGUAUUAGUUACAUAAUUCCUCUUACAGAAGGAUGACGAAUGUACUCUCUGAAGCAAAAGAGAGAUUAUAUAUAUAUAUAGAUAUAUCUAUAUAUCUAUAUACCAAGCUCUCCAUUUUUCUUUUCUUUUUGUUUGUUCCGUUUGGUUUUCGACAGGUCAUUUUAUCGGUGCCAAGAUGUCUGAAUGCCCCAACUGAUGCCUUUUUGUUUCCAAACUUUUCACAUGUGCAAUUUGAAGGAGACAAUUUCGCGAGACAGCCAGCGCCCGGUGGAGCAAUUUGUGUUUGUUUUAGUUUUUUUUCUUUUGCUUUUUAGUCGCUGUUGAACAUGUUUUAAUCACAGCAAUGUUCUGAACUGGUUCAGUCCCUUUAGAGUGUUUUGCUUGAUCUGUAGAAACCUGGAGAGGAUCUGAGAGUUUUGAAGAGGACGGACUCUUUUUUUAGUGUUUUUAAAAGUUACACGCGUUCACACUGUGAGCAACAUGGCGGAUGAGUCACCACAAAGCUGUUUUUUUUUUUAUCGUUUUCAAAUUCAAAUCUGAUUUAUUCAAGCCUUUUUUUUAAAGUGCUGUUUAAUGGCAGAGACCAAAAUAAUGCUUCAGGACGCUGCAGCCAAUCACAGCAAUAAAACAAGUCACAUAAAUGUUAGCAUGCUACGCUACGCAGCUGGUUUUAACAUCUUAUUCAGAUUACCUUGUUUGGUAAAUGUGGCUGAAUGAGUGUAAUGAGAUAAUGUUUGUUAAAUAAUUAGACACAUCCACCGGCUUGGAUUUGACUUUUGUCAGUGUGUAAACUUCAAGGACGUUAAUAUCCAGCAGGUCUCCCUUCACAGUUAUUUUUCCACAUUCUUAUAUUACUUAAAAGUUAAAUAAUCAUUCAAAGGCCUCAAUCAACCCAAUAUCAGACGAAUCAAUCAUGCAUCAUGAGCUGCCCGUCGUUUGAGGAUCAAACACUCGAUGAGUUUAGCUUCUACUUAAAGCAAUAAUAAGACAUGUUUGGAAUCAAUCUUAGGCCUUUCUAUCCAACAGGAUCGAUAACUCUCUCUCAUUUCUGUGCGUAUAAAUGGAGUUGUAGCCUGUAGGUGAUUAGCUUAGCUUAGCAUAAUGAAUGGAAGCAGGUGGAAACAGCUAGCCUAGCUUCUCUUCACCUUUUAUCCUUUCCUAUAAACUCUCUGUAUAAGAUUAGUUUGAUCCCUAAACGACAGAAAAGAUUCAAUCAACACUUGCAGUGUUUUUCUAGGUUUUGUUUUAUUUUAUUUUUUUAGUUGAGCACUUGCCGGGGGUUGUGACUCUUCAGAUUUAUUUAUUUUUCCCCUGAAAUAGUAACACUAAAAGAUUGAAUCAUAAGCCCUUUUCACACAUGCACUGAUACAAUUUCUUGACCUUUUUCUUGAAAUCGUCCUGAGCAGGUUUAUUCAUGCAUCACUCACAGCGGGAGAUUUUCGCUGUCGGAAAAAGGAAGCGAGUAGGGGAGGGGGUAUAAACAACAUGAAACUCUCCCUCUCGCUCACUCGCUAGAAAUUUUCUUUCUGUGUUUACAUGUUGGCUCACGCUGACAUUUCACCAGGGUGAAGAAAUUCUGCUAAUUGCAUUCACACAUGCAGCAGCUCGCUCCCAAUAUUUAGAAAACGUUUUGUGCAUUUAAAGGGUUAUAGUAAAAACUGAACCCACAAAGAAGGGCUGCACUAUUUACGGAAGUAUAUAAGUAUAAGUAUAUAAAAAAAUCACAAAUACUGCAAAGUGCAAUCUCCAGAUGUUCAAACAGAAUUGUAAUGACGUAUAUGUGUGAGAAUCCUUGGCCUAUACAAAUGUUUUUCAGCUGUUUUUAAAAGGAGAUUAACAAGAAAUGUCGGUUCAGACGCCAACAAAUGCACAUUUUAAAAGUUUCUUAUCAUGAAUCUUCAAACUAUCUUAAUAUCUGUCAAAACAAAAGCAAUACGAUGUUUUUCAUUCCUUUAAACACUCCAACUCUGCCGCCCUUUUCCUUUGACUCGAUGAUCAUGUCGCUCACAGUGUGAACCCGCUGCAGUAACGACCCUGAUGAUAAAACGCAAUGACUUCUUUCUUUUUUUUUUAUUUGUUCAUCUACAGUAGUAAUAAUUACUGAGCCACUUUGACGAUGUACCAGAAUAACGACUGAGUGCAAGCGUGCUAAACGAUAAGCUAAGGUCCACCAUGCGGGGUAGGAACAUUCCCCCUCCUGAACCCUGCUGGUGUCCAUUACGGUGUUGAAGCUGCCCCUCCCCGCCACCAGUCUGCACUUUAAAGCAGCCCCCCCCCCCCC